GUAGGUUAAAGGGCACAACACUUGGUUGCAUAGGAGACGCUGGCUGACGUUGUUCGUCACUAGAACUAUUGUCAUUCAUCGGCGUUGCCUUACAUAGUCACACCUCUGCUGUGACUUUAGCAGACGAUUCAACAUAAUGCUGCAAAAUACGGGAAAGCUGGCAGGAUGCACCCUGUUCAUCACGGGUGCGAGUCGUGGUAUUGGCAAGGCCAUCGCCCUGAAGGCAGCCAAAGACGGGGCCAACGUUGUCAUCGCCGCCAAGACCGCACAGGCACACCCGAAACUCCCUGGCACCAUAUACACCGCUGCAGAGGAGAUCGAGGCGGUGGGAGGCAAGGCCUUGCCAUGUAUUGUGGACGUGAGGGAUGAAGCCCAGAUCAGCGACGCCGUGGAGAAGGCCGUGCAGAAGUUUGGAGGCAUCGACAUCCUGGUCAACAACGCCAGUGCCAUCAACCUGACGGGGACUCUGGAGACCUCCAUGAAGAAGGUGGACCUGAUGCUGGGCAUCAACCUCAGGGGAACAUACCUCACGUCAAAGCUGUGUAUCCCUCACCUCCUGAAGAGCAAGAACCCCCACAUCCUGAACCUCAGCCCCCCCCUCAACCUCAACCCCAUCUGGUUCAAAAACCACACAGCGUAUACGAUGGCCAAGUACGGAAUGUCCAUGUGUGUACUUGGAAUGGCAGAAGAAUUCCGAGGCUCCAUAGCAGUCAACGCCUUGUGGCCCAAGACAGCUAUCCAGACGGCUGCCAUGGACAUGUUAGGCGGUUCCGAUAUCGGUAAGCAGUGCCGUAACGUUGAGAUCAUGGCUGACGCGGCCUACGCCAUCUUUAACCAGCCCAGCUCCUACACCGGACACUUCGUCAUUGACGAGGACAUUCUCAAGAAGGAAGGCAUCAAGGACUUUGAUGUCUAUGCCAUCCAACCAGGUCAUCCUCUGCUGCCUGACUUCUUCCUGGAUGAGGCUCCUGAGGACCUCGCCAAGUACAUGGAGGACCAUGGUGCAACUCCGGCCUUCCAGAAGGGCAAGGCGAGUGAGGGUAACCUUGGAGGUCCCAUCGCAGACACCUUCAAGGCCAUUAAGGGCGUCCUCAAUCCAGACGUCAUCAAGACAACACAGGGCGUCUACAAGUUCGACCUCACAGGAGAGCACCCGGGGGUGUGGCAUAUUGACCUGAAGGAAACAGGAAGUGCAGGCAGCGGAGAGCCGCCAAUCAAAGCUGACGUCGUCAUGAGCAUGGACAGUGCAGACUUCAUCAAGAUGUUCACAGGUCAGAUGAAGCCGACGAUGGCGUUCAUGUCGGGGAAGUUGAAGAUCAAAGGCGACAUGACGCUGGCGAUCAAGAUGGAGAAGAUGAUGGCCCUGAUGAAGCCCAAACUAUAGACACACACACCAACUCACAUACACACAUACACACACACACACACGGCAUAUACACACACACACGGCUCCGACUUCAAAAUGCAGAAGAUGACGCCACUCCUGAAGCCCAAACUGUAGAGACACACACACACACGCACACACACCAUGAACACACACACACACACACACACACACCAUGAAUGAACACAUGCAGCCUUCCCUCCCACUGAGGAUACAGACCCCAUGCCUUAACAGAUGUCGUACCCGUCUCACUUUUCAUGUGUGUUGAUGAGUUGUCCCUUCGGUAACACUUUAUUUUAGGGAUACAUCUAUUAGCACUAAUACAUACAAUGUUCCUGUAUAAGUAACUUGUAAGGCAUGUACAAAGCAAAAUCAAACAUUUGUUAGGCAUGUAUUCGCAAAUAUCUUGUUCAUGCCCAAUAAGGGAUUUAUUACCAAUUUAACCUUAGUAAGGACCUAGUAGGCCUUAGCAUUUGCUUAGUACAUGCCUUACAAGUUACUUAUGCAGGCAUUAACAUUGUAUGUAUUAGUGCUAAGAGAUGUAUCCCUAAAAUAAAGUGUUACUGUUCCUUUUUAUGAUGAUAAUAAUAAUAAUACUGCUGUUUCUAUGAAUAAACAUGUUGCCAACAUGCUGCUAAUUUUA